GGGCGUGGCUAGCAGUACCUUGCCGCCGGCCUCGCUGUCAGCUGUCACCGCUCCAGUCGCCUCUGCUUCUCUCUCUAGUUAGGAAGAUGACUGUAGGGAAGGCUGCGGGAGGCCCCGAGUGCGCCAAGUGGAGCCGUGAGAUAUUUCCCCCCAAAUCGUCCUCCUCCGACACCGAACCAGAAGAUGAGCUGUUUGGAGAAGGGCUGGUUUUGCCCAGAGCUGGCAAACUCCAUGAGUUCCUCAGCCCAGAGGAGGACACAGAUUCUACGUCCGACUCCACGGAGAGCUUUUACAGAACCCCACAGGUUCCAAAGCAGAAAGGCGGGUGGGGACUAUUGGAGUCUCUUCUGCAGUCUGAUCCAGACAGUGAUCUGAAUGGCUCUGAGGAUGAGGAAGACUUGGAGAGCUUCUUCCAAGACAAGAGCAGGGGGAGGCCGCAGGUCCCGGGCCCUCCAUCUCUUAGGUGUGGCUCCAUGAGGCGCUGCAGUUCUAUGACUUGCCUUCCCUCUGCCAUUCCCAAGGCUCAGGUCCCGCCAACCUCAGACUCUGGGCCUCCCUCCCAACACAGAAGUGUUUGCUCUUGGGCAUCUUCCAUCACUGUCCCUCAGCCAUUCCGCAUGACACUGCGUGAGGCCCGGAAGAAGGCCCAGUGGUUGGCCUCACCUGCCUCUUUUGAGCAGGAAAGGCUACAGGCCCAGAAGCAGGGCCAGGAAGAGGCGGAGUGCCAUCGGCAGUUCCGGGCCCAGCCUGUGCCCGCGCAUGUCUACCUGCCCCUCUAUCAGGAGAUCAUGGAGCGCAGAGAGGCAAGGAGGCGUGCUGGUAUUCAGAAGAGGAAGGAGCUACUUCUCUCCUCCUUGAAGCCCUUCAGCUUCCUUGAAAAGAAAGAGCAGCAAAAGGAAGAUACUCCACAGAGAGACUCUGCUGCUGUGGCUCAGACCAAGGUCCCCCCAAAGAAGGCCACUUCUAGAAAGAUCCCCAAGUCCAUUCUAGAACCAGCCCUUGGCGAAAAACUCCAGGAAUCAGAGCUCCUCAGAAAAAUCCGCAUCCAGAUGCGGGCCACUGCCAUGCUCCGGAUGGCUUCCUCUCCUAUCCACACCUCUAGUAACAAGGCUCCCCGCACGGCCACCCGCACCCAGGAGGAAAAGCUGAGCUUCCUACAGACAGAGUUCGGAUUCCAGCCUCGAGUGAACCCCGUGGUCCCUGACUAUGAGAGCCUUUACAAGGCUUUCCAGAGAAGAGCUGCGGAGAAAAGGGAGACCCGGGAGGCAACUCGAAACAAGCCCUUCUUGCUAAGGACUGCCAACCUGUGUCACACUCCACGAUCCUGUGAGGCUGCUACUGCUGGUGGAGGGAAGAAGUCCCCUCAGCCGACAGGUACACCCCUGCCAAGGAGUCGUUCUCUGAGUGGCCUCGCUUCUUUUUCUGCCAACACCCUCCCUGUGCACAUCACAGAUGCUACCAGGAAGAGGGAAUCUGCAGUCCGAAUGUCACUUGAAAAGAAGGACAAACCAGACAUGAGCAUUCAGUGGUUGGAGACGCACAAAAAGAACUGCCAAGCCAUGUCUAAAUCAGUGACCUUGAGGGCCAAGGCCAUGGAUCCCCACAAAAGCCUGGAGGAGGUGUUCAAAGCGAAGCUUAAGGAGAACCGGAACAAUGACCGUAAAAGAGCAAAGGAAUAUAAGAAAGAACUGGAGGAAAUGAAGAAAAGAAUACAAACAAGACCCUAUCUCUUUGAACAGGUUACCAAGGCCCUUGCCAGGAAAGAAGCAGAACAGCGAUAUCGGGACACCCUGAGGCAGGCUGGCCUGGAGGAAGAGUUUGUGAGAACCAAGGGUCAAGGCACAGGGGCAGUGUAAUGUAGGAGAAAGCCCAAGUCAAGCAUUCUCCUGCAUCUAUUAAGCUACAAAACUCAGCAUCCGAGGUUGACGGCAGGAUUUAGAAGACUCUACAACUGCCUGCUAACCCCGGGCAGGAACAGCAAUGGCUUAAACAGCUAACAAUCUGCUUGUUGAAAUAGUUCACUCAUCAUCUCAUGUCAGCACAUCAAGCAGCCAGCUAGGGGAGGGGCUUGAGUUUAGAGUUAAGGCCUCUGUUAGGGAAUGAAUGGAAGAACAGAACAGAAAUGCAGAGAUCAAAGUGGGGCGGAGGGUGGAGGCACCCUAGCCGAGCAUUAAAGACUUGUUUUGCACUUGACCCCUAGGAGAAGGUAUAGAAAAUAAGGUAGAGCCCACACCUAUCGUGUAGGUAUAAGAGAAACAGAGGUAGGAAAAUAGGUAGCAAUAAGGAAACAGACAUCCAGGGCAGCCAGACCAAAUACAUUCUAUCAGCUUCCAGUAACCUGGAAUCUUGACAAUUAACCAUGUAGGUAGGAAUACUGUGUGUGAAAUAAAACACAAUUCUCCAUCCAUAUCUACAACCUUAAGUACAGGCCUUAUCAUUAGCAUCUGGGACAAGUCAAUUCUUAUUAUUUGUAUCAAUUUAAGUUUUUUUAAAAAUUUUAUUUUUUAUGAAUACGCUGUAGCUGUCUUCAGAUUAAUCUAGAAGAGAGCAUCAGAUCCCGUAACAGAUGGUUGUGAGCCACCAUGUGGUUUCUGGGAACUAAACUCAGGACCUCUGGAAGAGCAGUCAGGGCUCUCAACCCCUGAGCUGUCUCUUCAGCUGCCUGUAGGAUGUUCGCAUCCCUCUUCAGGCUGUUGACAAAAUGUUUCCAGAUAUUGCCAAAUGGCCUCCAGAGAGCAAACUGGAGAAAGCACAGACUGCUAAUUUUGGAAAAACAAGUAACUGCUAGGAACUUGUCUCCAUACUAGAGGAUAAUUAUGCAAGUCGAUAACAAAUGCAGAGCAGCAGCUCUUUUCUACCAUUCUUUGAGAAGACUAGUGGCAUAUGUGUAUCAGCAAAGAGUUCACUUAAAAUAAAACUUCUUUGACCACUGAUUUUGUA